AUUUCCCUUCUCACCCUGGCAGGCUACAGAAUAACGUCCACGUUUUGCUCCAGAUCAUCCCAUCCUCCCCGGGGAAGGCAAUGGCUGCAAUGGAGCUGGCUCAGGGGCCGGUGACUUUCGAGGAGGUGGCUGUGUAUUUCACUAGGGAGGAAUGGGCUCUUCUGGACCCUGUUCAGAGAGCCCUCUACAGGGAUGUCAUGCAGGAGAACUAUGAGACGGUGACCUCGCUGGUAGGGUUUCCAGUUUCCAAACCUGAUGUGAUCUCCCAGGUGGAACGAGGGGAAGAGCCGUGGGUUCCAGACCUCCGUGGCUCUGAGAAAGAAGUGCUUCCAAGAGCUGCCUGCACAGGUGAUGGGAUGGUGAGUGAGAAUGAGGAGGAGAAAGCCCAUCAGGAAGAUGCUGAGCGAAGAGAAGCACAUGGAAUGUUAUCAGGAAGAUCCAAAGAGAAUGUUUCCAGGAGUUGUGCACUCCCAGAAAAACCAAAAGCCUGUGAGACUCAGGGGAGGCCAGAGGGAAACUUUAGUAGCCUCUCAGACCUUAUAACAAGCGGCAGAAUCAACUUGGAAGAAACACGCUACAGGUGCCAUGAGAGUGGGAGAAGCUUUAGUCAGAGCUCAAACCUUAUCACACAUCAGAGAAUCCACACGGGAGAGACGCCGUACACUUGCGCUGAGUGUGGGAAAAGCUUCAAUCGGCGCUCACAACUUACCAGACAUCAGAGAAUCCACACUGGCAAGUUGCCCUACACAUGCACUGAGUGUGGAAAAAGCUUUCGUUGGCGCUCACACUUUAUCGGACAUCAGAGAAUCCACACAGGAGAGACGCCCUACACAUGCGCUGAGUGCGGGAGAAGCUUUAAUCGGAGCUCACACCUUAUCGGACAUCAGAGAAUCCACACGAGAGAGAAGCCUUACACGUGCACCGAGUGUGGGAAAAGCUUCAUUUGGAGCUCUACCCUGAACACACAUCGUAGAAGCCACACAGGAGAGAUGCCCUACACAUGCUCUGAGUGCGGGAAAAGCUUCAGUCGGCGCUCAAACCUUAUCACACAUCAGAGAAUCCACACGAGAGAGACGCUCUACACGUGCACUUAGUGUGGGAAAAGCUUCAGUCGGAGCUCUACCCUGAACACACAUCAUAGAAUCCACACAAGGGAGAUGCCCUACACAUGCUCUGAGUGCGGGCAAAGCUUCAAUCAGCACUCAAGGCUCAUUAGACAUUAGAAAAUGCACAGGAGAGAGAAUUGUAAUAAAUCCCUUGACUAGGGUUGGCAAAAACGAAUUUUGUUU